AUGGCAGAGGACACAAGGUUAUCAGUUAAAGGUUUGAAUUAUGGUGGUGUAGGUAGUCAGCCUUUAGGUAAGUUAUCGAAAAUUCCAUUUUCAAACUGGAAAAAGGCAACAGACAAGUUUAAUGAGCACCAGCAAUGUGAAUAUCAUAAAAGAUUGGAGGAUCCUGACGAAAAUGAUGGAAAUUUUCGAGCUCUUUUGAGAUACAAAGCCAUGGGUGGAGACGAAACACUUAAACAUCAUCUAGAAAAUUCUUCAAAAAAUGCAAGAUACUUAAGUCCCACCAUUCAGAAUGAAGUGAUAAAUGUGUGCAAUAAAUUAAUUGUUCAAAAGAUUGUUGCGAAAAUUACUUCUGUUAAAUUGUUUUCUGUCUUAGCCGAUGAAACUAGUGAUAUAGCUGGUAUGGAGCAAUUUUCGUUGUGUGUUCGCUACUAUGAUAACGACAUAAAGAAAAUAAGGGAGGAUUUCCUACAGUGUGUAGGUGUAACUGAUCUAACAGGCAAAGGACUUGCAAAUGUUUUAAUGGACACUCUAGCAAAUUUACACAUAGACGGUAAUUUUAUGAUAGGUCAAGGAUAUGAUGGAGCCGCUGCAAUGAGUGGUCGACUUCAUGGGGCGCAACAAUAUGUUGCUGAGAAAUUUGAUUUGGCUAUUUACGUGCAUUGCGCAUCUCACAGUCUAAACCUAGCACUUUCUGAUGCCUGCGAACUACCAGCUGUGAGAAACUGUAUGGGAAUCCUUAAUAGUACAUACACAUUUUUUAACACACCAAAACGACAAUCUUUGCUUGCAAAUUCAAUAGAGAAAUUAACACCUAAAGCAUCAGCAUCUCGACUUAAACGAUUGUGCGCAACCAGAUGGAUUGAGCGUCAUGAGUCUGUCAACGUUUUUAUACAGCUUCAAAAAGCAACUGUUGAUGCACUGGAAAUUAUGUCAUCCUGGCACGAUACAACAACUUCUUCAACAGCGGUUCAACUUUUAGGAGCAAUUAGGAGUCUUGAGUUUCAAGUUUCUCUUAGAGUUAUCUCAAAAAUCUUUGCAAUAACACUUCCUGUCAGCAGAAUACUCCAAACAGAAAACUUUGAUCUAUCUGCGGCUCUAAAAUUUACAGAAGAUUCAAGUAGCCUACUAGUGAAUAUGCGGAAGGUUGCUGAAUCAGAAUUUACUACCGUAUUUAAUGAAGUCAAAGACAUUUGUGAGGACUUCGACAUAGAUAUACUUAUUCCACGUCGAGCUGGAAAACAAAUUCAACGCUGCAAUGUUAUGGCAAAUACGCCUGAAGAGUAUUACAGAAUAGCUGUAUUUAUUCCUUUCCUUGAUUCGGUUAUAUGUCAAAUAGGAGACAGAUUGUUAAAACAUAAAUCUGUUUUGAGAGGUUUUAUGUGUCUUUUACCCAAUGACUCGGGUUUUACCAAAGAACAGGAAAAGAAUGCCAUAAUACUUAUGCAAAAAUAUGAACGUUUGAUUAACAGCAGUGUCAUCGAUGAAAGCAUUGGAGAACUGAAACUGUGGUGGCGCCACAUUAUUACAAGUGGAAAUGUACCGCAAAACGCUCAUCAAGCUUUUUUAAUGUGUGACGUAAAAAUAUUUCCAACAGUACACAAACUACUGCAAAUAUGUGUAACAUUGCCUGUAACAACUGCCGUUAGCGAACGCUCUUUUUCCACUCUCAGACGGCUAAAAACGUACUUGCGAAAUACUACUUGCGAGGAUAGACUAAAUGGAAUGGCAUUAUUAAAUAUUCACCGACAAAUUGAAAUUUUAGCGGAUGGG